AUAUUUCAACAUAGUUUUCUAUCAUCAAUAAUUUGUUCACCCUACCAAACAUAGAUCCAUCCUAAAUUUCCACUCCUUUUCCCUUCCUUCAAGCUUUGUCUUGCCUCUCACAAUUUAUUUUCAUCAUUCUUCUUUACAUCUAGAGGUGAUUAUGAUUAUGAUUAUGAUUAUGAUUAUGAAUCAAUUCAUUGCACAACUUUGAAACUACUUAUGUGUAGUGGGUUUUCUUAUUCUCGGUAGUUAUGAAAAAGAGAAAGAAGGCAUCAGUGUUCAUGAAUUCAUGGACUUGAGGGAUGCAUUGGCUGGUUUCUUUCUGUUUUGUAGCUUCUGGCUUGUCACAUUCUGUGAACAAGAUGGUUUCUUGAGUCUUUCUUGUGGUGGAAGAACCACUUUUAGGGAUUUAUCUAACAUUUCAUGGGUCCCAGACACCACCUACACAACCACAGGCAAGACUACCACGAUCACUUACGGUGAUGGUUCCUCCUUAUCGAGCAUCUCGGCUCGGUUUUUUCCAAAUUCCAGGAGGCGAAAAUGUUACAGAAUACCAGUGAACAAUGCAACAAAUUUGGUUCUAGUUAGAGCAAAAUUUGUGUACAAGAACUAUGAUGGACUUGAGAAACCCCCCAAGUUUUCUGUUUCUAUUGGAACAGCUACAUCUGCUACCAUAAAUCUUGCUGAAAAUGAUCCAUGGAGUGAAGAGUUUCUAUGGAAUGUCAAUAAAGAUACACUUCCAUUCUGUUUAAAUGCUAUUCCACAUGGUGGUUCACCUGUAAUUUCUUCCCUUGAAAUCAGACCACUUCCUCAAGGAGCCUACACAACUGGCAUGGCAGAUUUUCCUAAUAAGUUGCUAAGGAAGAGUUAUAGAAUUGAUUGUGGACACAUCAAUGAUUCUAUAAGGUAUCCCCUGGAUCCAUUUGAUAGAAUAUGGGAUGCUGAUAGAAGUUUCACACCCUUUCAUGUUGCAACUGGGUUUAAGAUUCAACUUAGCUUCAAUCAGUCUAGUCUUGUGGAAGAACCACCAGCAGUUGUUCUUCAAACUGGGAGAGUUUUGGCUAGAAGAAAUAUGCUGACAUACAACCUCCCUCUUGACACAUUUGGAGACUAUUACGUCAUUCUAUACUUUGCUGGAAUUCUUCCUGUUUUCCCCUCAUUUGAUGUGUUCAUAAAUGGAGAGCUAGUGAAAUCAAACUACACAAUAAAUAGUUCAGAAACAAGUGCUUUAUACAUAACGCGAAAGGGAAUUAGUAGCUUGAAUAUAACACUAAAGAGUAUCAGCUUUUACCCUCAGAUCAAUGCAUUUGAGGUUUAUAAUAUGGUUGAUAUCCCAUCUGAUGCCUCCUCAACUACAGUUUCAGCACUGCAGGUUAUUCAGCAAUCCACUGGAUUGGAUCUUGGAUGGCAAGAUGAUCCAUGCUUUCCAUCACCAUGGGAUAAAAUUGAUUGUGAAGGAAGCCUCGUUACAUCAUUGGAUCUUUCGGACAUAAAUUUGAGAUCAAUUAGUCCUACAUUUAGUGACUUGUUAGACCUUAAAACAUUGGAUUUGCACAACACAUCGCUUGCUGGUGAAAUACAGAAUUUGGAUAGCUUGCAACAUCUUGAGAAAUUGAACCUAAGUUUCAAUGAAUUAACAUCCUUUGGUGUUGAUCUGGAGAACUUGAUUAGCCUUCAAAUAUUAGAGUUGCAGAACAAUAGUCUAAUGGGAGUGGUGCCUGAUAGCUUGGGAGAGUUAGAAGACCUGCACUUACUGAAUCUGGAAAACAACAAACUAGAAGGUCCACUACCACAAUCUUUGAACAAAGAAACUUUAGAGAUCAGAGCGCAGUUAUUGCAGAAGAUACUAGUCCAUCUUAUUUUAUGGACAACUGGUAAUUUGUGCCUUACAUUUUCCACAACCACAUGUGAUGAUGCAUCAUCUAAUCCUCCAAUUGAGGCACCCCAAGUCACCAUAGUUCCUAAGAAGAAACACAAUGUACAUAACCAUCUAGCAAUCAUACUAGGCAUGGUUGGAGGAGUCACACUAGCAUUUCUUUUAAUGUGUCUUUUAGUAUUAUUGAUAUACAAGACUAAACAAUAUGAGGUCUCCCACACAGAAAGAGCAGAAAUGGACAUGAGGAAUUGGGGUGCUGCAAAACUCUUUUCCUACAAAGAAAUCAAAGUAGCUACAAGAAAUUUCAAAGAAAUUAUAGGACGGGGCAGUUUUGGAUCUGUUUAUCUUGGAAAACUUCCAGAUGGAAAAUCUGUAGCUGUCAAAGUUCGGUUUGACAAAUCUCAACUUGGUGCUGAUUCUUUUAUCAAUGAGGUUAAUCUUUUGUCAAAAAUCCGGCAUCAAAAUCUUGUAUCCUUGGAAGGAUUUUGUCAUGAACGAAAGCAUCAAAUAUUAGUUUAUGAGUACUUGCCUGGUGGAUCCCUGGCUGAUCACCUCUAUGGUACAAACAGUCAAAAAACUUCCUUAAGUUGGGUUCGAAGGUUGAAAAUUGCUGUUGAUGCUGCAAAAGGGUUGGAUUAUUUACACAAUGGAAGUGAACCACGAAUCAUACACCGUGAUAUAAAGUGCAGUAACAUCCUCUUGGAUAUGGAUAUGAAUGCCAAGGUCUGUGACUUAGGUCUCUCUAAGCAAGUAACUCAGGCAGAUGCAACUCAUGUCACCACUGUUGUCAAGGGCACUGCUGGUUACCUUGAUCCAGAGUAUUAUUCCACUCAACAGCUGACAGAGAAGAGUGAUGUAUAUAGCUUUGGGGUUGUUCUUUUGGAACUCAUUUGUGGAAGAGAGCCAUUGACUCACUCUGGAACUCCUGACUCAUUCAAUUUGGUGUUAUGGGCCAAGCCCUACUUGCAAGCAGGUGCAUUUGAGAUUGUGGAUGAGGAAAUAAGAGGAGCUUUUGAUCCCUUAAGCAUGAGAAAGGCAACUUUCAUUGCUGUGAAGUCAGUGGAGAGGGAUGCAUCACAGAGGCCAUCAAUUGCAGAGGUAUUAGCUGAGUUAAAGGAAGCAUAUAGCAUUCAGCUCAGAUUCCUUGAAUCUUGUCAAAAUGAGAAUUGAUUUAUAGUUACACAUACUACAUAUCUAAUUAAAUUAUUUGUCAUCACAGAAAGAUAAAUAUUUUGCUCAAUCGUUUAUACUUGUUGAUUGCCAAAAAAGAAAAAGAAAGAUGAUUUUUAUAGCAUGUAAUUAAUUUUGUAAUUUAUAAUAUUUUAUCAAAUGUGAUGAAGAAACCAAUUUAUUCAAUACAAUAACUAGUAG